AUGGGUAAGUUGGAAAAGGGUUCUGGAUUCAGGAGAAAUACCUUGGUUAGGUCUCAGCAACCAGCAACCACAUCUCUGGGGCUACCAGCCUCAGCUCCAUCUGCGUCUCUUGGCAGCACCCAGCCCAGCAGAUCUGUCGUUGCACAACCAGCUACUCGUGCCUGGGCAGAUGAGCAGGCAGCACUGCAGCAGGACCAGGUUCAACAGGAUAAGAUCUGGAGAGAGUCUGUGGAGGCUGAACAGCGAGGAAGAAAAAACUGGUACCACAACUGGAGUUUCCUAAAGGACUAUGACCAAAUGGGUAAGAAAAGGGAGCAGAAGCCACUGCCAAACUAUAUGCCUGUAUUCUCAAGCAAAGUUCCCAACUUGACCAACCAGAUUAUUGGCAGUCGAAUGAAUACUGAACUUGGUAGGGAUUUGGUAAACAUGGAUUACUUCUUCAGCACUGGAGCACGAAAGAGGAAACUUGAUGGUGAGCUCCAGCCUUCCUAG